AUGUUGCGGCGGAUAGCUAUGAUGGCAAAGCGGUUCGAUGGGUCGCCGGAAUCGGUUAAUAUUAUUCAUUCAGUCGUUGCGAAUUUCGAUUCGUCGAUUUUGAGACAAUUCCUACCGAAUCGAUUCAGUCGUGUCGUUCACACAAUGUUCUCGUCCGUGGUGCCGACGACGACGACGAACAAAGAGUCGUCUGGAAUUCAGUACGCCGACAUCUACAAAGACGAAUUCUGCCACGUCAACGCGUUUGGUUUUGCCCACGCCGGACUGAAAAUCCCGCUUCACGAUCAUCCGGCCGAGAACGCGGUGAUGAAGGUGUUCCAAGGCGCCGUGCGGAUUCGAUCGUUCACGAUUCUGGAGGAGACGUUCGAUGAAGAUUACUGGGAGCAGGAGGACGGGCGGCCGCGGUUACUAGUUAGAUACGAGGGAGAGACAGUGCUAAGUGGUGGAUCGGAGGGACGACAUUCGGCAGCGCUUGGACCAAAUAUCGGCAACAUCCACGAAGUCGUCUCACUAGAACCGCACACCUACUUUUGCGAUUUCUUCUUCCCGCCCGCUGCUUCUUGUAACUACUACCGACCGCCACCGCCUUCAGAAUCCCUCCACGUCGGCCAAACGCUACGUCUUCAACAAAUUAGAAGUCCCGCCGACUUCUAUUGCGACAUUAUGGAAUUUCCGCAAUUUCAGAAGUUUAAUCUAUCUGGAGAAUAA